GACGAGAGCUUAAAGAUAUAAAUACACAUAUCGAACUCGGCUCAGUCGACUCUCAUCAAUUCUUUCUCGAUUGUAUCAUUACUUUUUCCCUAACUCAAUUACUCCUCACUAAAUACGUCCGCACUCAUCACAAUGUCGUCUCUUACCGUUGGCAUCGCUGGCAUCACAGGCAAAUUUGGCCGCCUGGUUGCUUCAAAGCUGCUUCAGAACCCCAACAUCAAUCUUCUCGGCUAUGCUCGCGAUCCAUCCAAGGUGAUACCCUCGAUUGCCGAGUCGCCCCGUGUCAAGCUCUUCAAGGGUGAAGCCUUUGACGACGCGAGCAUCAAGCCAUUUGUCACCGGUACCGACGUGAUUAUCUGUGCUUACCUUGGCGCCGAUGAUCUCAUGAUUGAUGGUCAGAAGAAGCUCAUCGAUGCUUGUGAUGAAGCUGGUGUACCGCGUUACAUUGCCAGCGACUGGUCAUUGGAUUACACUAAGCUGAAGCUCGGCGAACUUUUCCCCAAGGACCCCAUGAUCCAUGUCAAGGCAUAUCUUCAGACCAAGAAAACUACCAAGGGUGUUCACAUUUUGAUUGGUGGCUUUAUGGAUCCUAUUCUGAGCCCAUUCUUUAGCGUUUGGGACCCGCAAACACAAACCUUGCGCUAUUGGGGUGAGGGUGACGAACCAUUUGAGGGCACUUCAUAUGAGAAUGCCGCCGAAUUUACGGCAGCCAUUGUUGCUGACAAGUCUGCCAUUGGAAUCAAGAAAUAUCUAGGCGAUCGCAAAUCCAUCAAGGAGAUCGCUGCAACCUUCGGUAAGGUCUACGGCGUCAAGCCUAACCUCGAGCGCCUCGGAUCUCUAGAGGACCUAAAGGCCAAGAUGCAUGCUCUUCGGGAAAAGAACGCGGCCGACGUAUACAGCUACAUGCCUUUAUUCUUUAUGUACUACUGGAUUAAUGGUCAGACGUUCGUCGGUCCCGAGACUGAUAACGAACAAUAUAAGGAAGUGAAGCCUGAAACCUGGGAGGAGUAUCUGUCAAAGCGAAGUCUGGAGCAGCUUCCUCACGCUUACUUCUCUCUGGCCAACUAAUGAGUGGUAAAUUCGGCAAUCGCAUGGGGGAAUAGCAGAAUUCAGCUACCGUGGUA